AUGGGUGAACCCAAGUACACAAUUUACGUGCGGGUUCCUAUACCGCGCGGAGACUUUGUAGAUCCGCCGCAGGUCGAUUGGGACACCGAAAAGGAUGAAGCGCUGUGGCGCAUCCUGUCUAACGCUGCACAAAAAGAGAUAGACUGGAAUGACAUCGCAGCCAGAUUUGAGGUUACGGUCGACUUCCUGCUCAAGCAGGUUGCAUAUCUGACGGAAAGACAUGCCUCGCAGGUAAGAGCUCAAGUACGGAAAGCAACCGCAGCGGCCAAGGGCUCUGCCGCCGAGUCUUCCACCACCGCCGAACGACGACCCCAACUUGGGCAACCCAUCGGCCGCGAUUCCCCGAUUCCACGAACUGAGGCCACUGGAACAAUACGUCCUGCUAUCUCGCGUGAUGGGUCUGGCAACACAAUUUCUCGUGAUAUUGCUGGCUCCUCUCCGCGCCCAGAAAGCAGACAGCUGCCCUCGCGCCCUUCAGUGGAAACCGUUGGUCGCCGCCGUCUGUCAUCUUUGCCCAUCACGGCACCCGGUCCGAGACGAGCUGCAUCUCAAGAUGCGAACAUAGACGAAGUGGCUUCUCCGGGACCUGCUGAUUCUACAUCAGGAGAGUCGUCCGAGGAUGAGUCCAGCCCAGCACAAUCACGAAUUAUUAGACGACCCCCUCGAUAUCAAGACAACGACGCCUCCUAUCAGGUCGACGACGAUGGAGACGACGAAUCCGAGCCCGCAUUUCAACCAUACAAGUCCUCCGCGGACCAAAAUUCAGCCUCAGAUCUUGCAUCCACGCUGCGAGGUGAUAGUCGGGCAUCAACUAAGCGAGGCAACAAACACCUCGCUCGCGAGCGUAUCCACCAGUCUCAAACCUCAGAUUCAUCUGCAGGAUCUGGCGCUCUUGGUACCGAGUCGGGCAAGCCACGGCACCUGAAAACUUACACGUCGAACCAGAGUGCUGAGCAGUCAGCUCGAAGUCCUUCCGGCAAAGGAAAAGUUUCCUCUCAAGAGGGCAGCGAUGGAACGCCAAGCAUGGGAAGUAGUUUUAGUGAUCUUGACGAUGCUUCCGUCACGCAGUCUGCCCUGGAAGAAGCACUAGCAUCACAUAUGCAUGGUGCUGGCAGUCGCUUCAGCAUAAGCCAGGCCUUUCGCAGCCGGUACACACCGAGCUCAAACAAAUAG